GAAUUAAUUUAGCGCGUAAAUAUAUAAAGAUGAGCAUGGAGGAUUGUGAACUGUAUUCAUUUUGAUCUUAGAUCUCGUGCAGCACAAGCUAUAUAACAAAUCUACAUUCCUACGUGAAAAAUAUAUUAUUAUAUCUCUUAUUGUGACGAUGGCGUUUUCGAGCAACUCUAACAUGACGUUUCUUGUCCUUCGCUCUCAAACCAAUGGUUCCAAACUCAACGUUGCUCAGCUUCCAAAAGAUUUUUUGAGAAGCGUCGAUCGUCGACUUGGGACGGAAGGAAUACCUCAGCUACUUCGCCAACUACGAAAGCAUGUUUACCACAGUGAUGAGAAGUUCAAUAUGGAUAUGUGUGUUAAAAAUCUAAUAGAAAUACGCGAAACGUUAGAAGCAGAGAACCAAACAAGUCCUGACUUCCCACUUUUAAGCGAAAGCCCAUUGACGACUAAAAACUACAAAAAUAAAGUACAAGUUGGCAAAGUUAUAACCCUGUUUGGCGGAGUAGAGACUCUGGUUGAAUUAUUGUUCAUCCCAACAAAACUGCAACACAAGCCAAAACGGCUAACAAGAAUCGCAGCAAGUAUGCGUGCAUCCCAGAUGAAUGACAUUGUUGUCUACAGUCUAGAAAUCCUUCAUAUGUUGUGUUUAACAGUCGAAGGUGUCGCAGUGUCCCUGGCAAAGAAAACUGAACUUCUUGAUCAUUUGUUUACUUUGCUUUCAAACCAAAAAGUAUUUAUGAAUGCAACAGCAGUAUUAGAAGACCUUCUUGCUGCAAAAAAAGGACUGAUAGAUUUAGAAUGUCUUGGUAACCUUAGGCAAUUGAUAAGCAAUCUCGAUUCCAGUAAGCUGGCCAAUUUUUGUCGAGUCUUGUCCUUUACAUUAACAGACUUGGAAGCAGUAGAAGACAGGAGCACACUGCUUGCACAAGAUGAACAAGAUAAAGAAGGUUCGACACAAAAAGAUUUAGCUGAUCAAAAUCAAGGAACCUUGAUCAGUUUUCCAGAAUUUUUACCACGACUUGUGAAACUUGCUUGUAAAUCUCUAACAGAGUCUCCUGUUUGGCCCACUAUUUUUGGCAACAACAGUGAGGGAUUGAUGGAAUGGCUAGGGUUUCAAACCAUCUUAGAGGAUGUGCUCAUCAACAUGGAUGAUUCUACAGCAGCAGAAGAAACAUCCAUCCCUUCAAUAACUACAUCCCUGAAAUUAAUGCAUGAGGUCAUGCAUAAAGUUGAAGUUUUUUACGUUCUCUGUUUGUUCCUGACUGGAAAACAUAAGCCAGCUGUCCAGGAGCGGCUAUCUGAACUUCAUCUGAUUCCUGGAAUGUCAGACCUCUUUGACCAUAUCGUUUGGUUACGAAACACACCAACACGGCGAGAAUUAUUAGACAUGGAUGGUGAACAAGAUUGUACACCGGAAAAUGCAUUAAAGAUUCAGUUUUUAAGACUUGUGCAUAGUUUCUGCGAUCGUCAUGAGAACAAGCAUCUAUUGAUGACUGCGGCAGAAUUAGAUGAGUUGGAAGAUCUUUACAGACAAAAUGAUGUAGAAAUUCCCAGUGGAGUCCAAAACAUUAACAGGAAGCUCUGUUGCCAAGGAGACCGUGGACUUCUAUCCAAAAUUCUGGAGGUGCUCAUCAAGACUCCACCGACUGCUGCCAUUAGAUUCUGGUUGUCUCGCGCCAUUGAGGGGUUCCUAAGAGGUCGUGCAUCCUUUGGAAAUCAGUUGUUUCUUAUCAAGCGUGGUCUUCUGAAGCAUCUGGUAGAACACAUUGGGAGCUCGGAAAUGAAGCCAAAAGAAAUCCUACAAAGCAGCUUUGAUUUGCUUGGAGAAUUAAUGAAGUUUAACCCAAUCGCUUUCAAGAUUUUUAACUCUGUCAUUGACGACAAACAGUUUGAAAAAUUCACUCAUAUUUUGACAUCAAAUGUAGUGGACUCAAACAUGCUUAUUCGCUGCCUGAUUUUGAGUCAAGAACGCUUCAUGGAAGAAAUGCCCUUUGGAGAUUGUGCCACAGGUCUCUGUCGUCUUGGUACGUUGAUUACUGACUGGGACCAGAGAAUGUAUCUCCUAAAUAAGUUGAUCAACUCAAUCACAGUGAAUACUUUGACUCAGGAAAAUGUCAGUUGUCUCAACACAACACUCGUAUUCCUGAUGAUUGCCUUCAAGCAAGGACACCUUCCUGCCUACCUCAAGGCCUUUGUACGAGAAGAAAGACUCCAGAAAAAUCCAGGAUUCAUUCUCAAAAAUCUCAGACGUCUCCUGGAAUUCUGGAAGACCCAUUACUUGAAGAGAGGAAAGGAUUGUUCUGCUCUUGAACAGAGUUCCUGCAUCAGUUUUGAUCAGUGGAAGAAAGUUGUCGACAUCCUCUUACAAGACAACAUUGAAAGUACAUCAUCCGUUUUGUACUACCUUUCACCUCAUGCAAGCCCACCAGCGCGACACUGCUAAGAUCACACAUGGGUAUAACACAAGCAGAUCAUGGCAUCCCUCACAUUAUCUUCAAUGUUCUGUGAAUGACAUUUAUCUUCAAGCAUGUUUUGUAGAGAAUUUUAGAAAUUGAGGGAUGAUAGUUAAAAUCGAAGUGACCAACUGCUUUUCCUUUAAAAUAUACAAAAUGGUGCAAUAUUUAGAACUCUUUUAAGCAAAAACUGAGGGCUCAAAAUAAUUCACAAAUGCUCAAAGAUGACAAAUUGCAUUGCAGUUUAAAUUUGUGCUCUACGCAAUGCCUGUUGUCAAAAAUUAGCUGAGAUUUGAAGCGUUUAUUUUCCAUUAAAUAACUUAUUUUGAGCCCUGAGAUGUAUUUCGUAAUUAAAUCCAACCAUCUACAUCUUUAUAUGGUUGUCUGUGCAGGCACAGGGAAAAAGUCUAACAUAUAUUUUUUAUGACGAUACGUAAAUUAUAAAAAUCCAACAGUCCAUUAGUGUAUGGUUCUAAAAAAAUAA